GCAACUCGCUCCAAGCCUCUCCAACAGCAGCGGAGUUUUUCCUCCCGGAGGAUCCGUAGCAUGUGUCUGUGCGCCAACCGGAGGGAGAAGGACCACAGGAAUAUAACUUGACAACGCACGGAGUUUGUUAUCUUUUUGGCGGAGAGAAAUCAUGCCUUUUUGCAAGCGGACGAUACUUCCGAAAGAUGUGUGCAAGGCCGACGGCAGGAGGCUGCUGGAGGCGCGUCCGCAGCAGCGCCAGGCGGAGAUUUUCGGGGACCUGGCGGACGUGUGCGGCUUCACCCUGUGCUCGGUGCUCCGGCAGCUCUCGGAUCUGUCCCGGCACUCGGUGAGCAUCCUGGAGGAGCUGGAGGGAGAGCUGGUGUCCAUCUGCCACCGGUCCGGCGCGCUGGAGGGCAGAGUGGUCCGGUUGCAGAGGCACGUCGCAGAGCUGGUCAGCAAGCCUCCGCCGAGAACCACAAGCGGUCUAGAGGCGGAGAGCGGCAGGCGCGGCGGCAGCAGCAGCAGCCACGGCGAUGGCAACCACAGCAGCAGCGGCGGAGGAGGCAGCAGCAGCAGCGGCGCGGCCCACUUCAGGUCUCCAUGGCAACAGAGCGUGAACGUGUUCGGCUCGUGGAGCAGGCCGGAGUGUGUCGAGGAGCUGCACCAGCAGGCGCAGCUCAACCUCCAGAGCCUGCUGCAAGACUUUGAGGAGCAGUUGUACGACACCAAGCUGACCGGUCAGACUUUCCGGCAUCCGUCCUCGCAGAGCUCCGACGACACGUCCACCUCGCUCAGCCGAUCGCCGAUCUCCCUCAACAACAAGAGACCUGACUUCAUCUUCCUGCCGGCCUCCAAACAGCUCUACGAAGAUGAAACCACCUCCUCGGUGUUUGGACUGAGGUCAGUGACUGACCCGUCUCCCUCCCCAUCCCCGUCCCCCUGCGGCUCAGAUCGCCCCCCUCUGGGCUGGAGUAGUAACAACAGCAGCAGCAGCACCGCCACGUCUGCCAACACCGGACCACCUGUCGCAGAGAAACCCCGCUGGCACCUGGGGAGACGCACACCGGCUCACUUCAUACCACUCGACAUCACAGGUGAAGGAGGAGGAGUGAAAUUCCACGGCGUCGACCUCCUCCAGCACUCCCCGUCCCCGUCCCCCUCUCCAGGAGACCCCUUCCCCCACCAGCCCCACUCCCUGGAGCCCAUCACCGACACCCCCCACCAGAACCUCCCCCUGAGGAAGACACACUCUGACCUCGACACAACCUUUCCUGCAGAUAAUACUGUAGAGCAGCGUGCCCCAAACCGACGUCACCUAGGCACUAUGGACCACUCUGGGCUGCUGUGCUCAAACACACCCACCGCUUCCUGGAAUGGACCAAAGGGCUCCACAUUUUCUCCUGGAGCGUGGAACGAGCCUUACAACUACAGCAUGAACAAAGGCCCAGCAGUUCCUCCCAAACAGCACAGCAUCAUCGGUAAUGCAGGAGGAGGGACUCAGGACGGGGUGAUGCUGGUGAGCUCGGGACAGUCGAUGAGCUCACAUUCCAGUUCAUUCACGUCUGUGACAGAAACUUCCGGGAGAGGAGGGAAUAUCAUGCUGGGGACUUCACUAUCAGCGGCGAUGAUGGGGAAGCGGAGUGAGACAGAAGGAGCUGCCGCGGACGGAGGGAGAGGAGGAGGAGGGGGAGUUGCCGAGGCAGGGAGAGGGAGGGAGCGUUCAGCACGUUCCAUAGCAGCACAGAACGCCUUCAAGUUCCGGGAACGUUCCCUUUCCACGCCCACGGAUUCUGGUUCCUUCUGCUUUACAGAAGGUGGUAUAGGCCAGCCAGAUGGGAACAUCAUGUCAGGGAACGGGAAUGCGUUGGCAAUAACAGACCACCAACAACAGCAUCACCACUUCCUGGGUUUGGGUGAGAACUAUGCCCUCCUCUACCCUCGAGGGAGCUCCGAAGACAGCGCCAGUACCACCGAUACAAUCUCUGUCACAGCUUCAGACUACAGCGCCGAUGGACGCUUGCGCCUACGCUCUCGCUCCAUCUCACUUAAGAAAUCCAAGCGCAAGCCACCACCUCCUGUGAGGAGCGUCUCUCUAAUGAAGAACCUUGGAGAAGCUGAGGGAAGAAUCCACCAUGAAGGUGGACUUUACCGGGAUGGUCGGCCAAAGAGCCUGCACAUCCCCAGAGACCACUUCCCAGACUUCCAGCCUGAUUUUCUCCUGCCCAGCUCGUCCAGCUCCUCUAAACCCAGUGUUAGUGAGAGGGAGCUGGGCCACAGAGGCUGCGACGGACCUCCAAGCUUGGAGGUUCAGGCACCAGAGAGGGAGGGAGAGACAGAGCUGACCUUCCCUACUCACUGGCAGCUGGGGGAGUGGAAGAAUGACCCCUACAGGUCUCUGUCAGGCUCCAGCACAGCAACGGGUACCACAGUGAUUGAAUGUAUGAAAGUCAGAGGCAGCUCCGAGUCCCUUCUUGACUCUCCCUCCACCUCCAGAGCCACCUCACCCUCGCAGAUCUCCAUGGAAACUGAUGUCAAGGCAUCCUCACCCUUCAAACCCCCAGGACUUAUGUCCCCAUCAAGUGGCUACUCCAGCCAGUCAGAGACUCCCACCCCAACUGUCCCACUCAAUCAAGUGGCAAGUCAGGGGACAUUGUCAUCAUCAGGGUGUAAGAUGCGCCCAAAGAUCCCAGAAAGGAAAUCAUCACUACCAUCACCCAAGGACCCAGCCGCGAGAUCUAGAUUGUCCUUUGAGAUGCCUGGGAAUGCACACCUGGAGCUGUCCUCUAUCAAGCCAAAGCAAAAGGCCAGCAGACGGCAUUCUGACACAUCGACAGCUGCAAAACCAGGAAAAAUCAGCCCCAGCUCUUCACAGGCCUUGCCUGUGGUUACCCAGAAUGAGCUCAAGACUGUUAGGCUUCGCUCUGUCUCUCGUGGUGACCUAGAGGACUGCCCUGAUGGUGCGUCUGACACCAUCGAAGAAGAACAGCAUGGCCGAGACUUAAGUGAAGUGCCCAGCCCCCCACCCACUCUACCAAAACCCAGACCACCUGUUGCUGUCAAGCCCCCCUUGCCCAAGCGGCCCAUAAACCUCCUCCUCAAGUCUCCUUCCCCCUCCUCCACUUCCCCCCUCGCCCUCGACUCACCUCCUGCCUCACCCGUGGACCGGCCUGUGCCUCUGGGCAACAUCUACAAAGUCAUGAAAAAACCCAAACCCAAAAAACCACCACCGCAAACUUCCACAAAUCCUACUGUUGUCCCAGAUUCAAAUUCCACCACCACCCCGCAAACAGCAUAUGAUCAUCCAUUCCUCCCCCACUCCCAGUCUCUCUUUGAUCUCCCGCCCCUCCCUGACCCGCAGCCUCUUCUGGAGGACCCAACUUUAGAGCCUGAAUUUGAGGCAGACCCUGAAAUCCGGCUUGGUCCCGAGGACGGAGGCUCACUCCCUUCUCCCUGCAGCAACCAGGAGGCCCCAGAGCUCCAGGACAAGAGCAAGACACUCCCCUCAAGAAUGACAAUCUCAUGUCUGGCAGAGCUGUCAGACAAAAAGAAGCCCAAGGUUCCACCUCCAGUCCCCAAGAAGCCAAAUGUUCUGCUUCUUCCCACGUCAGUCCACUCAUCCAGUAAUGGCAACACGGAUCGACAGACGCCGCAGACUGACAGCCCUGUGGGCCUUCGGUCUCCUGUUGGAACGUUCCCACCAGAUGAUAUUCCCAGUGCUCCUGAUGUUCCAGAUAUGCCAGAGCAAGAUGAGAACCACUUGGGAACAGACGAGGAGAGUUCAAAAGAGUCGUCACUUCAGUCAUCUCUGCAGGACUCCUCUCUCACAGAACUGGAAGGGAAGAUGGCCAACACUAGGAUUGGGGCAGAUGACUCCUGUGAGAAGACAGUACUCCACAUCGCAGAGGAAACAGAUGAUGACUUGUUGGCCAGCACACCUACGACACACACCACUGAAGACCUGUUCACUAUUAUACACAGAUCCAAGCGAAAGGUUCUGGGGCGUAAGGAGCCAUCUGACUCCUUUGGCAGCCGCCAGAGCCUGGUAUCCCCGGUGAAGCACAGCACCAGCGGUAGCGACCUCCGAAACCUGACCUUAGGCAGCAGUCAGAGGUCAAGCUCCCGCAAUGAGAACUUCAUGGCCCUGCUUCAGAAGAAAGGCAGCAAGUCUUCCAGUGGAGGGGCCAGAGUUUCUGCCAUGGAGCUUCUCAAAAGCACAAAUCCUCUGGCACGACGGGUCACAGAGUUCUCAACCACCACAUCGACGACCGCCGAGGGAGGCGAGGCAGCACCCGGGAACAGCAAACCCAACGAUCAAUGAACAGGAGUAUCGUUAACAGAUGUUAACCAGGUCCGUUUGCUGUCAACAAAGCUACCAACCAAUUCUACAACGUGCCACCCACUUCAGACGGGGCCAUCCAACAUGUCAAAACAGAUCGCUCCAACUACUGAUUGACCAUUUGCACUGUCCAAUUAAAUUGGAGUACACUUUUGGACAAAAUGGUCCCUCCCAUGGUUGGAGCGCUGUUGUUCCCUGUCAAACUGGUCCCUCCAGGAAAGUGAGAAAGCUGUAGAGAACAAGGUUUGUUCUCACGAUAUUUUCGAAAAAAUAGGUGGAGGCUCUAAGGUCUUGCCUCAACACUGCACCACGUUUUCCUGAUUGGGAAUUUUUUCAGUGUGGAGGCUGGAUGGAUCAAUGAGUGGGUGGAGCAGAUGCUGGGAAUGUGAGGUUAUACAGUGGAUAGCUUUAUUCCUGGCUCCCUCUGGAUGACGGCAACACAAGUCCCUGAUGAUGACAAUGGUUAAUGUAUCUGAACAUGUAACCAGUUAUACUGAUCCAAUACCAGAGGAUCAGUAAUCAAAUUAAUCCAAGAAAUAGAUGGAGUAAGAUACAGAAGAUGUGAGACUUUCAAAUGAUUCAUCUACGAACCAAAACCCUACAGCACCGACACCUGCAGACCUACAUGAACUGAAGGGUAAAUUAUUAAUGGUGUGAUGAGGCACCUGAGGAAGUGAAUAUUCCCUAAACCUUGGACAUCAUGGUUCUGUCUUCUUCUUCUAUGGUAAAUGCAGUUCCAUAGCAGGCAUCAGCACUGUCAUUUUAAAAGGACAGAACAUUCUGGUUUGAGCAGAGGAAGUGGAGGAUUGACAAAGAGAAACCACAUGGGGGCUUUUUGCCACCAAAGAUGAGGCAUGACGCACAGAUUCUUUUGCUCAUGCUAUGAACAUGAAUGUGGACCUUCACGAAACAUUCCACAGAGACACCCAGCAAAUAGACAACAUUUUGGAACACAAGCACUUUUUUUUCUUCGGCGUUGGAGGUCGUUUACACAACGCAGCCUUUGCAUCGCUACAUUUUGUUCUUGAGACGCUCGUCAGUCAUUAUUUUUUCAGUCUUUGUUUCAGUCAGUUUUUUUUUUGCAUAUAUUUUUUUCCUACACAUGCUUGAUGGCCAUAUACUGUACAUUUUCAGUUGGAUUGUACUGUAUGUAUCAUGUACAAAGGUAAAUGUUACGCAUCUAUCAACGAAAAUCAUUUGCAGGCAAGACUAAAAUAGUGUACAGAGCAGCAAACAGCUUGAACUACAAACUGCCCACACCAUGGAGGGAAAACACACACUGAGUAAGGAGUAAUGCCAUGGAAGACAAGUGGAACAGACCUAUCUACACAACUGUGUGUGUUCGUACGAAUGUGUGCGCAGAUGAAAUCACGCCUGUGGAGUUUCUGUACGGAGAGCAUGAAGCAGGCCUGGUUAUUAAACAGGGUGUCUAUUCAUUUUGGUCUCUGGUGACGGGACCAAAGGACAAAUACAAACUACAAACAGACCAGAGGGGACCUAGCGGUGCAAAAGUAUGUCUGUUUGCACUUGUCGGUGUGUGUUCGUGUGUGUAUAGAGGAAAGUGCCAAGAACACAGUGGAAGAAAGAGAGAGAAAACAGAGCGAGGGUGCAUGUACAUGUGCCUCUUCAUGUAUUUGGCAUAUUUGUGUGCGUCCUCACUAUGUGUGUUUGUGUAUUUGGACUCACACACAUACUAUUUGUGUGUGAAUGUGUGUUUGCGUGUGCAUCAUCACCCAGUACCCGCACCUUUCUUGGGAUUCGAUCAGAACAACCUAAGCAGCCCUCCCCUUCAUCCGCGCAUUAUGGCACCAUAAAGAUUCCAGAGCCCAAAGGUGACCUGGAACCAAAAGGAUUCCGGAGUCAAGAGGAUUCGAGAACGAGUGGAUUACAGAGUCAAAAGCCUUCCAGAACCCAAAGGAUUCUGGAAUUCUGGAGUGAGGGACAUUAGCCUCUACAGCUCUGACCAGAGACCUGGGAGUCUGUCCAUCCGUCCGUCUGUCUGUCCGCAGUGUUGCAGAGUGACGUCACAGGGGCAGAAUAGUUUCUGUUUGUGUUGCCCUCCUCCAUGCACAUUUUCACUCUCCGUCUCUUUUGUCUCGGGGGGGGGAGGUGGCGGUGCACCGCCCUCCUCCUCCUCGCCACUCGCUCCUCUUCUCCUCCUCCUUUCAUCACUGCUGGAGCACACUCUCCAUCUGCCUCUCUGCAUAUAGCAUCAUCGCUCUUUCUCUCUCCUGCAACCUCUCUUUUGGCACACGCUCUCCUUCUCUUUUUUUCUCAUAUAUACUGCAACCUCUGUCUGUUUUUGUACAUAGCACCACCUCUUUAUCCCUUUCGCAAUCUCUACCAUCCUCUUCCUUCCUCUUUUUAACCUUCUCUCUAUCCUCUCCUCCCUCCUUGACCCACUCUCGUUUUCCGUUAACCUUUGUUUGUCCCUCCCCUCUCUCUUCUCGCUCUCCCUCCUCUUCACCUCUCUCUCUGCAUUCAGUCUAUGCAUCUGAGCUCGGCAGACGACACGACACCGGAUGAAUGUCAAUGAAUGACUGUUAAGAAAAUAGAUGCUGUGCUUAGCUUGAGAGUGCAUAAAACAUCUUUCUAUCAGUGCUUACCUUCUGCCUUCUCUCUUUCUUGUUCAUAGAGUUUUUAUACUUUUUCUUUUCCUUCCUUUACGGUAUCCGUGGAAGAUGGAAUUAACAUGGGUGAAUGAAUGGAUGAAUGAAUGAAUGGAUAGGAUCUGUGCUCAAACGUAGAAGUAGGCAGAGUUUGAAUGUGUUUUUGCAUAAAGGACCUUGAUUUUGGACUGAACGAAACGCCCCGUGCUCUUUGAUCCUGGACCGAGCCUCAGUUCUGGAUCACCGUGUGGACGGUCCGAUCACUUUGGAUUAGCAGCGGUUCAGCUCUAACACCUGACUUAUCCCCUGCAUGAAUGGACCAUGUAGAGGGAGGAGGGAACCUUUCAUCUCCUGAAUCCCAGGCGGCAAACUAUCCCUCGGUGCUAUUGAGUCAGAGCUCCCCCUAUUGGAUGGACAUGCACACAACAACAGGAGAAUUUUAAAAAACUCCAUGACACACAUCCUACAACAGUCCUUCAGGUAUUCCAUCAUCCUGAAAAAAAAAGAUCCGAAUUUUAAAAAUGCAUAAAUUAUAACCAUUUAUGAUGACUAGUCAAGUGACGCUUGUUUUAAAUAUUUAGUGAAUGAAAAAAAGAUAAACCUAUAAAACUCUGUGUUUGUUUGCCUUGUAUACUGAAUUAUGGGCGUGUUGCUGCAGCGCCUAGUGUGUUUUUAUUUUAUUUUAUAAUUAUUAUUUUUUUAUUUCAGCUGCCUUGGUAGUACACACACAAACACAACCUUUGCUAAAUCGGGACUUAACAACAGUAAACAUGUAAAAGGGAGCAAAUAAACAGUUGCCCAAAUCAGCAUUCACAUACAGGUAUACAAAGACAGUAAAGUGAUAUUUUUCCCUCGGAGAAAUCACAUAUCUGAGAUCAGAUAUGUGAAGGCGGGAAGUGUGGAAGGGAGGAAGAGAGGGCCACCACAAGACAAUUAUUCAAGCUAAACCCACAGAUCUUGUUUGAACUACGGGAACAGAGUGGGAACAGAGAAGAAAGACACAAGUACAGACAGGAGGAGAGAACAGAUGUGUUGUUUCCCCAAAACUGACAGGAACAGUUUCUUGUUAAAAACUCAUAUGUGGUGUGUAAACCAGACACACAAAUGCAUCUGAAAAUAUCGUGAAAGGGUAGAUUAUCAGACAUGAUGUUUCACUUUCAGCGUGGUCAGGAUCAACAAACCAUAGUGUUGUUUUAUUUGUUCUGAUGUAGACAGAUGGCGGAUAUCUAGGUAAGGAGAGGUACAAACAAAGAAACAUGGGUACACUAGUAAAAAAGGGUGCAAUCCCUUUUGUAGGGAUACGAGUAUUUCUUUUUUGCAAUUUUUACUAAUAUUUCUGAGACGCUGAGCGGCUAAAGAGGCAGAAAUAAUCUCAUUGGUUGGUUAAUCAUUAAUGGGCGGGGCCAGAGACCCUUACUGCCAACUCUGUGCCAUAUUUUUGCAGCUUUUUAGUUCUUCUGAAAGGCAACAACAAAUUCACUGUUAACGGGAGAAAUAUGUUAUCCCUCACUUCUUCCCGUUUGUAUCAUGGGAAAAUCUUGUUCCUUAGUUCCACCCAUCGGGGGAUUAACAACCAAUCAGAUUAUUCCUGCAGACAGAGCAACUUUGCCUCCAAGAAACUAAAUUACCAAUUUCUUAAAUAUGCUGACAGUAUAUUAUAUUGAAAAUGACAUUUCUAUAAAGUGUGAAAAGAGAGCUGACAAGAGGAAUAUAUUGAAUAUUUAAUCCAUUAUCCCGUCUUUAGGAGGGAAGAGCCGGAGGAGGGGAAAUCAGGUUGCGGGGCAGAGGUUUGAUUCUGCUGAAUGUGGGGAUUACCACGCUGAAAUUUAGACGUAUUCCAUCAUCUUUUCCUUCACCUUCUCUCUCCCAUCCUCUCAGCUGUCGUGUGACUCACAAGAGUAAUCACGUUAAAAGCUUUUCCCUCUCUCUCACUCUCUCUUUUUCUUCACUGUUCACUGAUAAAAAAGUAUGGGAAAGCAAGAAAGGACAGAGUGCUGCAAUCAUUCCUUAAUUAAUUUGGUUUAAUAGUACAGUCAGUCUCUGCAGAUGCAAGCAGCCAAAUAGCAACCUGUUGCUAAGAGACACAAAUACAAGCCAUGUAGGAAAGUUAGAAGUUAAGUUGGAGACUUGGCAGUGCUCGUUUUCUCUAAAGCCAACAGAAAGAUCACAGUUUAUGUGAAUAAGCUAAACAAAGCUAAGUUUGUGUGGACAGUGUGUCGACAGUCAUUUGUAAAGAAUAAUGAAUAGAGCUACUACAAUGAGACCAAAUGCCGGAGCAGCAUAAACAAAUCAAACAUCCCCUCAGACUUUAGACUCCAAAACAAAUUCAACUAUGAGUCAUCCCAGUAUUUGGAAGCUCGUACAAAUAUAAUCUGUCAAUAAUAAAAAUCACCACUACAGAAGUUAAAGCUAUUAUUUUACUACUUAAAUCUACCACAAUGGCACAAAAGCUUCUAAAUACAUUUUUACAACUGAACCUUUGAAGCAAAGGUUCAUGGUAAGAUUAAGAGAAUGAAACAUGAAAUUUGCGGAAAUUUGCGGAAAAUUAUUGUGUCCCAGGUUUCUACUCGUUAGGAACCCAGGGUUGCAUCGGUUACUAACUUUUUAAUUGUGUGGUCCAGCUUUAUGAGAGAGUGAACGAGGGUGAAAAGCAACAGAGAGAGAGAGAGAGAGUGGCUGCAGAUUUGGGCCAAAGAGCAUCUUGUGUUUCUUUUAGGAGUGCCACAGGGAUGAGGUUUACUGUGUUUGUACAUCGCAGGGGUACCAUGGAGUAGGCAUGCUGCCCAUCUCAGACACUGAUGUCCUGUGGCGGUAAACCCCACCCUCCUGCCACUCCAAGCAAAGUAAAACAAACCCCCUCCAAGCCCAAUUUAAACCCCACAGUUGGGGACUGUACAGGCAGCGUAUAAAGACACAGAGAUGAUAAUUAGAGAGACACAGAGAAAGAGAGACAGACAAAGUUAUUGGAAUUAUUCUAUUUUUGUUAUUCCUCAUUGAAAAAGACAUAUUUAAAGGAAUAUUCCGUGUAUGUAUUGAAUAACCUCUGUUUCCCUGCCCCAUCCAAUGGUGUGAUCUGUAGCUGCGAGGUGGCGUCACACACAAACGCUUCCCUCUGCAGCUAUGCCAAUGCCAAUGUGAUGAAAUUAUUAUAUCAUUAUAAAUAAAUUAUUUUUCUUGCU